CGCGAGAGCUUUAAAAACACGCAUUGGAGAGGUUUUUCCAAAUUAAUUGCUAAAUAUGCACAGAAUACCACUGCAUAUGGUGUCAGAGCUUUGUCCCGAGGACUCUGAAUAUGUAACAAUGUCAAAAGUCAUGUCCCCACGCAACCUCAUAGAAUGCGAGCUGUUCUUGAAAGUUUUGCGAAAGGAAAGCGAAGCAGUUUUUGGCGGCUUUUCAAUAUCUGCUCAAAACAGCCUCGAUAUUUCUAAAGAAUGUCUGAAAAUGAGAAAUCCGAAAGUGUUAAUGAAGACUUUGCACAGCCUGGACGAGAUCAUAUGCCGCGCACCCACCGCCACCACCACUUUCGUAGACGCUAUUUUGGCCCGAAGUUUGCUCUAUAUGAAAAGUAACCAGCAUGCGAUUGCCUGCACUGACUUGUUGUUUUACGAGGCUUUGGAUCCAACGCUCAAGUCACCGGCGGGAACUAUAGUCUCACAAAUCCUUCUCUGCAUAUCCCUCUACAUGAAUCGGGAAUAUCAAGCAUCGAAAGAUAAAUUGGCUUCUAUAAAAGACCUCAUUGGGAAAACACCAUUAUCCGAUAAAAGCGAAAUCGGACAGUUCAUUACCCUUAUAGAACAAUACGAGGAGAGAAUAACCCAAGCUAGGAAGAAUGUAGAGUUUAAUAAGAAAGUUCAAAGUAAGUCACUGAUACCUUAUGAGGGCUAUAAGCUUUCACGGAAAAUACCCUAUACCAGCCAAGCCUGUGAAUACUUAGAAAAAACUACUAAGAAACCUGCUGGAGUGUACGCCUCCCGUGAAAUUCCCAAAGGAGAAUUGGUCCUAGUGGAAAAUCCUGUCUGCUUUCAGUUCAGUGCUCCGUUCCUAAACUGCGAUGUGUGUGGAUUGCACCAGGAAUUGCUCUACUCCUGUGAAAACUGUCGUUAUAGAACAUAUUGUUCAAAGUUGUGCAUGGAAUCAGAUGCGGAUAUUCAUAUAUUUGAGUGCUACGGAUAUAGAAUUGGCGUGAUACCAAUGCUAGAGGCAUCGAUGCUAUUUCGAUUAUUUGUUGAAGCAGGAGAUUAUAUACUUCCGGCAUUAGUCGACUAUGCGAUGGAAGGCGGAAUAAUAAGUAAACCCCGUGAAGCUUGGAACUUUAUACUUGACCAUGCUAAGGAAGAGGAUAAAAAGUACAAGAUUAUUGGAGAACUACUUGCCACAGCACCAGACUAUAGCCUUAUUACCAAAGAAAAGUAUUUCGAAAUUGUAACAAUAGCAUUUCGUUUGUCGGUUUUCAUUUUCAAUGAUACCGAGCUCGCAGACAAAUAUUUUUAUUUGCUGGCUGUUGUCAAGACUGACCUUAUCAUUGUAAUCGCAGCUAUGCUGUUACGAUUAGCCGGACACGUGCUAUUAAAGUCGCAACGAGAUGAGUUUUACUAUCCGAAACUCGGAGAAGUCAUGAAUGAAACUCACGAAGAAUUCACCGAGUGUGAUGCACUUCCAGUGCCAAUUGACCGUAUAAUCGCAAAUGCGUUUAGUUACUAUGGAGUAGAUGGGAGAUCUGAUUUCGUAGACUGCUACAAUAAAGUUCACGACAAUUUAGUUGAGGACGAAAAUGAGAUGCACGAAAAGUUUUCUAAAGACAGUCCUAUAUUUAAGUUUGUAGAUAGACUUCAUUCCAUAUUCAUUAAAAAAUGUGAAAUCGAAACUGUUGAGCAACUGAUGGAAGCGAAAACCCUACCAGCUCAUCAAGUGGAUGAGAUUCUUGAAAUGUCUAACACUUCAAAACGCUGCCAAUUGUUAACAAUUAUUGCCAAAUAUUUUCAUGAAUUUGUUCAUCAAUAUUUCAACAAAUUUGAAAACACUUUUCAAUCUAAAGCCACACUUUGUAUCACAUUAAAUACCUUUAAACAAAAUUGUGCUACCGAAAACGUUAAAAUCAUAUCGCUUCCAAAUGGAAAAUUUGUCGGAGUUACUGAAAGAAAUGUCGCUAUUGGCGAGGAAUUAGUAUUAUGUCCUGAAUUUAUCAAACAUCGUGAUCAGAACAUUAUAUUGAACUUAGCACACUGCAAAGACUUAAAUUUUUCUUCAAAAAUAAAUCAUGGAAAACCAAGUUUCGAAAAAACGGCUUCUCCCGAGUUUUUACGACACAACAACGCGUUCAUCUCUGCAAUCAAUAACAAAAUUUUAGCUUGGAAACAUUCUAGACAAGAUCCGAAAUUACAACUGAACUUGUCAAUUUUAUAUGGUACUUAUAAUAGUUUUCUUGCCUUGCAUUGCGAAGAAAAUGAUGAAAUACGUUUGAUGGGAGUCCUUAAAUUUUCAAUGUUUUUAGCAAUAAAUGGUUUUUUGCAACAUGCCAGCGAUAAUAUGUUACACUUAGUUGAGUUAAUUGAGCUGGAAGACAUAUAUUUUAAAGAAGUCCAAACUUAUCGGAAAGUCCUUCGUGUAAUUCAGAGUAUUAUGGAACAAUAUAUUAACAUCAUGACUGAAGUUACCCAUAUUGGGCCGGACUAUCCCAAAACUGUACUUGUGAGCUGUUCCUUAAUUUUAAAAAGACUGCAACUACAUGUCGAAGCUUUAAUUGAUAAUGCAGAGGCUUCAGCUUUAUAUAUGGAAUAUAGUAGCCUUCAUUACAAAUGGAAAACAUUAUUUAAUUCCUUUAUUCUAAUGCCACCAGGUUUAAGGCACUUCUUGGUAGACUCCAAUAAGUGAGGUAAGUUGUGCCAAAUAUUUCCAUAAGAAUUGAAUUUUUAUUUAAGUUUUAUAAUUGUUGUGCUUAAAAGCAUCCUGUUAAUUCUCACUUAAGACCGAAAUACUCUAAUUUUUGUUAUUUUAAUACAAUUAAAGACACAUUCCAGUUAAAUUAUAUUUAUGAAAAUAGAAAGCCAAACAUAUGUAUUAGUUUAAGUUAAGCGUAUGUUGUAUAUUUCUAGAACUAGCUUGUAAAGUUAUUUAACAAAAAAAAAAAGAACUGUGAGUCAGAACUCUUUACUUAAUUUACUUCUUUAUGAUUUCUCUAUCUAUUUCCAUUGUUCAUGCUGCUGGCAAAAAUAAAACUUUCAAUCUUUU